AUGCACAAGGAUGCCCAGGAAAGACAGCUGGCUCUUUCUCCUUUCUAUCGUGAAAUUGACCUUAGGAGGCGAGCUAAUCGUAGCAACGAGUAGGUCCUCAGCCGUUGCCUCAUCGGCAUAUCCGCUGUAUGAUGUUUUCUCACUCAACUUUGACGACACUUUUGUAAUAUGUGCGAGCCACAAAAGUGUCAGCAAAGAUCAGACAGAGUGGAAAUUCCAGCAUUACUCUACGAAUCUGUUUGCAAGAAUGCCCAUUAAACAUGAAAUGCAAUUCCUUCUAGUACACAUUUUCAGCAACUUGUAAAGUGCUGCAAGUGACAGGCAGGUUUUAACCUCAUGAGCAUACAUGACGUCUAUCUUUUCAUCAAGUGGCGCCUCCGUAAAUAAUAAUUCUACGUCCAGGGGAUCAUGCAUUUGCCGGAAAUGACUGGUACCCUGGUUUCUUCAAUAGAAUGAAAGGCGCUUUUUAGUGAGUAGGCUGUAAGCCUUUGUUGAAUUGGUUAAGAGUCCUUUGCAAGCCACUGUACUGGCAUGGGUUGAGGAGAACUUAUCGUCAGCAGAAUCGGUCUUGUGACUUUCUGGUAAUCCAUAGUCUGGGGACGUGUCUCUAGGUUCUAUUAGUGCUGCGGUUCUCAUACCAACAUUUUCCGCCAAGGACUUCUUUGUCAUUUUCCAGACGGUGUUUUUCAGUGUUCUGGUUUCAUCCUUUUCUGAUAUUUCUCAGUGAAAUUUGUUGAGGUCAUUCAAAAUGGAUUCCAGACUCAAUGCAUAGCCCUUCCUGUUAAGGCUACCAAAUCCCUGACAUACAUCGAGCUUAGAAAUUUUCACACAUGCUAAGAGCUAGGCCAUGUGCAAACCUGAACCUAGCGUGUCUCUUCCGCCUUCUUCAUUACUUUUUUCAGUGACCCUUUUGGUCGCUUCUUCUGAAAUAUGACUCUUGUUAAUAACUUCGGAUAUAAAAAGGGGCAGAACUUGGAGGUAGGUGUUCGUGACAGGACUUUUUGGGUUGCAAUCGAAAUAGAGUUCACAGACCAGAAAUGAACAUGGGAGACGCUGGGAGACCCACGAAGGAGCGGAACCUUUCACAAGUGAGUCAUGUUGCAGAAAAAACGUCGGCAAAACGGGCGUCUCGGCUUCUAACCAGUACCCAUGUUGGGAUUGCAAACCACUGUAAUAUAAAAAACAUGCUACUAGUAAUGCUACUCGUUUGUAGAAUGAGCGUUACGUGAUCAUUCCACAGAAGUUGAUUGUCUUCAGCCCAAAUUUACAUUGAGACUUCGGGACGACGCUAAAAAUUUAUGUCAUGGGCCCUUAACUCCAAGUCCUGCCUUUAAUAAUUCCCGAAAUUAUUAGGUUAGUAUUUAUCUGGAGUUACUGUACCAGAAAAUAGCACAGAGGACGUUAGGGGACCCAAUAAGGAGCCGAACCCCUCGCAGGUGCGUCAUGCAGCAGCAAAAACAUCGGCGAAACUGCAUUUCGCCGGACUUUUAGAUAGUAACCUUAUCCGGAGCACGAUAUAAACCACUGCUGUUUUCAUAUUGGUUUUUUGAAUCAGUUCAACCCACUAUUUAUUCGUUGCUCGUUAUCUGUGUGAAGAAGAAACAAGAAGCAGCCAAGGAGCAGUAGCGGUGUUCUGUGGUACCAUUAAUCCUUACUGUUUAUGCCUGUUUUAAGCCCAUACAGGCGCCAAAAAAACAUUCAGAUUUCUCAAGCAUCAUGAUUUUUCCUGUUGCGCGGUUUCCUUUGUGAAGAAGGGGAAGCGACCAGCAGGAGAGAGAGGAGGAGAGGCUGAAAACAGAAUCGCAAACCCAGUCCUAGACAAGAUUUAUGGCGUGUCGGUUGUCCAAACUCCACCGCGGUGUACGUGCGUCCAUAGCCACUUCUUAUUUCCCAACACACCCCAGUGCCCUUAUAUGAAGCGCAUCUGGCCACAAAGUUCAAAGUAACUGGCAAGCUUCUCAGGAAAUUGGAGAAAUCGACGGGCUAAGUGUGUUGUCUUAGCACACCAUGAAUGGUCGAGAAUUAUCCAACUGGAGCAAGUAUGCGAGUCUCGGGUUCUUGUUGCAAUUAUCAAAUUAUACUGGUUGUUCAGUAAAUGCCGGGACCUGUGAGGACGCCUGGGCCUGAUGAACGAAUGACUUAACAAAUGAAUUUUAUAUGGACUUGCCACUAAUUUUUUUGUAUUUUCUCAAAAUUUAUCCCACGACUUUAAAGACAAAAGGCUUUUCGUGCAGAGGACUUCCGGGCUGCGCUAAACUCAGCUCAUUCAAAACACUAAACCCCGUCUGAGUCCGCGCUACUUUUAGAGCGCUUGUUUUCCUCUAUCGGAUAGCAUAUGAGACAUCCAUCAAUUCAUCCGAGAGGACGUGUCGGAAAUCAACUGGUAAUGACUGGUAUUCUCAGUUGACGCUUGUAUCUCUUUGAAACAAAAAGGGGAAAUAUCAUGCACAGGUUCACAUGGGGUGAAUUAGUUAAUUAGGAAACAAUCGGCGAUAAUAUUUGUCAAAAUACUGCGAUCCACAUUAGACAAAAAUAAUGCACAGUCUGACUGGUAAGUAGAGAAGCUUUUGUCCCCUUUGCAUCUGACACCAUCUGCGCCAUGCAGUAGAUUAUUGACUCGAAUUUUCCGAGAACAGAAGUCGGCGUUUCAAGCACUAAUCCUAUCGGCAUAAGGAAUACAAGAAGUACGACCGUCGGUUCCAAGAGAGGAACCUAAGCCACAGGUUAAUCCGCCCUAAACCGACCAGCGUUUUCACCAGACAAACCUCUCACGAUUGAUAAUCAGGACUUGUCUGCAACAGCCUAUAUCCAGGCGAUAAUAGCAACAAACCACCCUAGCUUUCCUUACAUAACGCAGUCAGAAGGCGUUAGUCGUGGGAGAUUUCAGUGUGUCGUUAGCAGGUUGAAGUAGACUGUCAGGAGGUGGUGAUGGAGGCACAUUUGCUGCCAAACUUUUUGCCUUCUCACACGACAAUUAUCUUAACCAAUUCAUCCAGUUUCCAACCAAGUAAACAGAAAAUAAGGCGUCGUAUGCAGAGGGGCGGCAGAAACGGUAACGUAAUCCGACAAUAAGGGCGUUCUCUCUCUAUUGGGAGCACAAUAGACUUUGAAAAUAUUGUCACAAGCUCUAGACGUUAGGGGAUUUCCUGAGGUAUAAGAGGGUGAGUAAUAUGGUGUAUGUACUAGUCUCAAGAAGUCGCAUGUGCUCUGAAAAGCCUCACAUAAUCUUCGGUUUUGAAGCCAGAUGUAGGUUAAUUAUUAUCAUACACGACUGAGUGCACAUCUGCACGCGAAAAAUGUGAUGGCGGCUGCUUACGUGCCUGUGGAUGUAGGUUAGAUGUGUUAUCUCAUGAAAUGUCAACCGAAAUGUGUUUCUGAUUUGAAAAGAUUAUUCGUGCAAAAUUGUAAUAUAAAUUAUCAUACAGCAUAGUUCUAAGGCAGAUCAGCCGCACCAGGAUGUCUGCUUUUGAAUGAGCUUAUUUUCGACAGUCUGAAAAUCUAUACCCUGUAAAAAUGGCUACUUAACUGGGAUGAUUUUUCCAUCGAUUUUGGAAGCCCUCACCAAUUCAAAUAUAUUUUACAGAAAACAUGUACAAAAAUAUUCUCGCCCGCACUCCUUUGGUAGAAAAUUACGUCUUCUUCAAAUUUCCUACUUAAAGAGAGAGCAUUUUUUGGUUUUUUAAAAUUUGUUCAGUUUCCGAAUAGUUUUUUUUGCUCCACCUGCCGCUACACUUGUAUUCAGGGUUUCCAAACUACAUGUUUUAUGCAUUCUGUCAAAGAAAUAUCACAGAUUUCUCAGUUUCAUCUGGAAGAAGUCAUAUAGGACUUAGAAAAUUAUGCAGCGGGUAUGGACCCAAAUGUAUGCCUUAUAAGUAGCACUGCCAGCUGCGUUGAUGUUACUGUAUGAAUGGACGUUUGACGAUCUUAAGAAUCUCAUUAUUAAAAACAUUUUAGAACCAAAUCAUUCUCUCUUCAAGUAGAAUAUUUGCAGAAGACGCAGUUUGCUAUCAAAUGAGCACAAGAAAGAGUUUUGUCGUACAGGUAUUCUAUAAAAGGUAAGUGAAUUGUAGUUCCCGUCUUCCCAGCACAGAUUCGGAUAAGAGCGCCUUAGAUGAUCUUUAGAACAGGAUAGGCGUGGAUGGAGUGCAUAUAACAUCAGCAGACGUAUUGCACAGACUAUCAUACCUUGACCCAAAUAAACUUAUUUUGAAGAUUUUAAGGCUCCCUGGUCCGAUUACGACUGUUUCAUCCUGAGGAAGUGAUGGUGAGCCAUUACCACCCACUUACCAUGUGGUGGCCCACGGCAAAUCACCAGCCUCGGAUAUCCUUGUCUGAAAGACUCUGCAGGGCAUCUUGUGUGCUAGCAUUUGUGCAUUUUUGAUCACCACAACACAGACUUAUUAAAAGCAUAUCAUGCAUCAAAAAUCUCGUGGUUAGAAUAGAACGCUUUGAUAGGAGGCUUGAUCGGCUCAAAGACGUUGACGCCGACUUGGGUCACAAAUUGCCCGCUGAUAAACUAUGAUCAGCUCAUGAGACUCAUAAGGUGAAUUAAAGAGUUUCUAGUCAACACAAUAUGUUCAGCGCAUGUUGUGGUGCAACAUCCUCAGAACUGACUAGCUACAGCGCUGUUAACCAAGACUCCGCUUGUUUCCUGGGGGCACAUACAGUAGGCGGCCUAUCUCACGAAAUGCUGGCCGAAAUUCGACAAUGCGUUUCCAGUUAAAAAGGAUUACUUAGGUAGUGUUGUAAUAUCGAUUAACCUGUAGCACAGUUUCACGACAUUUCAGCCAUGCCAGGAUGCCAGCUUUCGGAUGAGUUCCUUUCCAGCAGAUUGCAAAAACGCAUUUGGCAAAAGUAAACUGUUUGACUAGUACGAAUUCCCAAAUGAACCUCGAAGACCUGAUUGAUCCAAGUAUAUUUAAUAGAAAAUAGGCACAUGCAUGUCCAUUCUAGUACUCAGUUGGGCAACGGUAUGGAGAAGGGCCUCACUUAACUGACGGCAGGCUGUGGAUCACUUCAUCGGGGCUUUUAUUUUGGGCAUCCAUUUGAAGGCUUUUGAAGACAUUACACUGCUAAUAACAAUCACUUCUCACGACUUCAAGUCGUCACUCAAACUCCUUUAUUUUUUGAAAUUUACUUUUUGUUCAUUUCUAAUUGCCGCGCUCACUCCUGUCGUCAUACGAAAGCGUACGAUGAGUCUUUCAGGAGAAAUCCAAACAUCUUCUGCGUUUUCCUGAACUUCGUCAGCUUACUCUCUAGUGCGCUGCUCCACCCGUAAAACUCCCCUUAUCGCCAAUCACGUAUGACGUUAUCCAUGGUCAUCCGUCAGUUAAGUUGGGUCCUUCUCCAUCCCGUUGCUCUCAUUUGGUAGCAAGUUGGGUCUUCUCCAACUUUUGCAUUCAAAGAACGGAUAUUGUUGGUUUUUAAAGGUUUUAAUCACGGGAUGCUUUGAGGCCGUGAAAUGUCCAUUAAUAGAACCGAACCCCUCGCAGCUGUGUCACGCAACGGCGGAAUAUCGGUGAAGCACGUGUAUAGGCCUUUAGUUAGGAACUGUGUCGGGAGUGCGGUAUAAUACGUUUGCCAUAUACAUUCCAUACUGCCCGUAGUACUACUUGUUUGUAGAAUGGGCAUUACGUGAUUAUUCCACAGUAGUUGAUUGUCUUCGACUCAAAUGUUCAUUGAAAUUUCGGGUCUAACCCUAAAAAGUCAUGCCCCGGAGGCUUAACUCCCUGUCCUUUACUGAAUACUUUCUUAAAUUCUUCGCUUGAAACAGCAUCGUGUCUGCAUGUUUGUGAAGUGUACAACGUGGUCCACAUACAUUGAACAAUUUCUGAGUCCUACAUGACGUCUUCUUAAGAGUGUAAAAGAUGUACUACCUUCUCUACAUUAAAAGUUUGGGAACCCCCUGCUCAAUUACAACUACAAGCCGCGUUAAAAAUAACUCGGGAAUUGAAAAAAAUUCCAAGACUGAAAGAUAUGCUUUCUUCAAGUACGAAUUUGAAUAGCACCAAAUGAGUAAAAGAAAGAUUAUUUUUAUGUUCUUUUGUUAUGUAUGCAAAGUAGGAAACUGGUCGUAGGCACGACGCGUAAUGAGCACGGAAGGCAGCACAAGUGGGGAGUCUUACGAGACACGGCAGGGUAUAUGGAAUGGGGGAAAUGCCAUAGACUGAAGGGUGGCCAAUCAGCACAUAGGAAGUCGGGACGCGCGCCCGUGACCUUGACCGUUCGUUGUCACAUGCAGGUGGCGUGACGUCUAAACUGUACGGAUAGCACAACAGUCCGACCGCCGCAUCCGACGAUGCCCGCCGUGUGCUCCACAACAAGGUUACAGCAGACACGGUGACUUGGCAAGAUCGCAGUUGGUAGCCAGGAAUGGGGAAGCGGACGGCGACCUUAACCCUAAUCCUAACCUUAACCUUAGCCCCAACCCCGACCGUAAAUGUUAACCGUUAACCCUAACGGCAACCCUAACCCUAACCGAAACUGUAACCGUAACCGUAGCCUUUAGACAGCCGUAACUGAAAAACCUAACCGUAAUACUGAACCCUAAUCAUACGCUCAAACCCUAACCGUAACCCGAAAACCUAAGCCUAAAUGCAUAACCCUAACCCGAAAAUCGGAAACCAUUAACCGGUACCCUAAUCCUAACCUCAAACGUAAAACGGAAGCCAAAUGGGUCAGAUGUUAUUAUGGAGCCCCACAAAAUAGCCCCAGUAAACAAACUCCCCCACCACCUGUAAUACGGGUCCUGGCUACCAACUGCGAUCUAACCGGUGACUUGUGCGUGAAUUAGUUUAUAGUGAGAAUGGACUAGCGCAGCAUCUACCGCACUCUCUCCUCCCCCGCCUGGACCCGGUGUCAAGACAUAGUCAAUAAAACCGUAGGCGGGAUAGGGCGCAGGUGGCUGGUACGGCCGGACCCGCGCCUAGGCAUACGGCCACGGGUCCUGGUCCACAACAAACCACAAAAAUGCGCCAGAAAUAAGAGAGGAUAAUACAAGUCACCGGGCAAGCAUGUGCGUGGCCUGCAUACCCAGCGGGACCGCAAGUGCAUCUAUUGGCUGGGAACCAGGUGCCAGAGAACUGCCAGUGAACACCAGGCUGCGAGGGUCAUGAUUUGCUGAAACAUGGCAUGGCAGACGCACACUAUCCUUUAAGCGCGAUCAGUUGUAUAGAGACGGAAAGACAGCAUUUAUGGAACCUUUUUUCCUCCAAGGAGGCAAUAUGCAUUUGGUUGAAUAUAUAGGCAGUUGUUGAAUUUAAAUAAGCCUUACCAUUUUUCAAAGAAAGCAAGCUUAGUCGACGCCGUCCACGCAGACUUCAACUUCUUUGGAAUAAUGUCCCAAAAUUUUAGAAUUUAUUGAUUACCAUGGCCCAGGUGGAAUUGUUGUGAAAACACGGAUAGGUUCUCCUUUUAUUUUUUUGUUGAAUAUUAGAGUUUGUGGCAACUGAAGGUACAUUUCGAUGCUUCAACUGGCUUGCAAAUAAGCCUCUGCUUAUGCGUGUCAGAAGAGGGCUAAUUCCCAUCUACUAAGCAAAUCAUAGUACACAACGAAUGAUGUUAUGGGGACAAUUUACUUCUAAUCAUAAUCUGGAUUUGCAGGAGGUUACUAAAGUCCGGCCGCUGCGUUCAGCUUACUUACGAAAUGAAAUGCACUCUAUGGACAGGUGUAAGCUAUGCAUACAUAUGCAUAUACAGGACGUUGGUCCACAACAGCCGAUCAAGUUGACCGAGGAGUAAGGCAUUUGCUUGAAUAAACGGACAGACUCCGACGCUAACUGGCGAGUUAGAUGAACUUUCAUAUAUACUUUACCCUAUCUGCUAAUGCCAGCAUCGGUUGUGACAUCGUCAUCAACAAGAACAGGGGUAAAAUCUACACUUCCCUUAGGAGAAAGUCGGCUGGAACUAGUUUCAGCCUGAUUUCGAACAGAGUCGAAACCUGUGGCACCUUUUUAAUCAUCAUUCUAUCUAUUCUCACGUUUAUUAUUUUUUCCAAUUCUCGACUUAGACAAGUGUUAAAAUAUUCAUUCCUUUACAGUGAACUGAGAUACUAUUGCUCCGCUACGUCCUUUUUAUAUUACGAUCAUGAUAGUAUAAUGGAUCUCUCAUCAGAGAUCAUUCUGGUCCACUAUCUAUGGGUAGAUCAUGCACAUCAUUAAUGAUCCAAGUUUACUCUGACAGGACAAAUGCAUUGCUUGAGGUCAAAUCGAGAAUGAGAGGAAAACAUGUGGGCGCGAUGGUAAUUAAAGUAGGUCUUGAUCAGCAGAAGCCGGUUGAAUUUUUUCGCAGUGAAGGGCCGAUCCGAAGAAGGGACAGUUAACUAGGUUAUCAUCGAGAAAAGGAAAAAAACUGUUCGCCUAUGAUCGAGUUCAAGGUGUAAAUCACAAAGAGGCGGAGGUAAUCCCGUAUCAGUCUGCCUGAGCAGAUAGCGGACUAAACAGCGCAUCUUUCCACCCUGAAGCGGACAGAAUCGCAAAGGGGAAGCAAACAGUAAAGAUAAUAAUAGAUCGUUAACAAAUGCUCUAGUGAUUUUGUUUUGAAGACGCUGGACUGGUUGGCGGGUCCGAGUAGAUCUUCUCAGUCCGGUAUUUUCGACCUCUGCGCCGCUUUGCGGAGUAGACGGUUCCUCCAUCCAUAAGUUAGUGCUGGUGAGAGUAGUAAGGAAGGUGAGGCACAUUCACCUCGGCUGGCGGCGUGAUGUUCUGUAUAGGCAGCAGAUCUUCUGUCAUUGAGACACCGUAGCCAACACCAGGGGCUGGUGUCAGUUUGGACUGUGCCGGUGCGGCUGGGGACUUGGCCCAAAUGUCGGAAUACAGUUCUCCCAACUAACGUCAACUCUACUAUUUGCCUUUCGCUUCUUCGAACUGCCCCCAGACACCAAAUCUCGUCAUUUUCCAAUCGCGUAUAGACAUUUUUGCUAGGCGCAAAGGUUCAAGGGCGGGUGUGCAUGUCAUAGUGCUCCUUCAUGUUUGUCUGUUUUCCUAUAACUUUAUCCUACGUUGAAUCACUAGGCAGACCGAGUUAUGUGCGCAACUGCCACUGAAACAUUAAUUUUGCAGGCGAUGAUCCGGUUGAGUCAUUUGAUGUUGUUCGGUAGCUGAACGAAGAGCGUGACAACCUCGUGGGCAAGUCCGCUUACGUCUGUUUUGCUGACGCGUGUUUCACUGUCUUAACUUCUCGCUCUGAGAGGCAAUUUAAAGCUGCAUGGUACGGAGCAGUGGCUUAAUGCCUAAUUCCGCUUUUCUUUGUAAAUCUCUAGAUUCUGCACUAGAGAAGGCUGGACCAUUAUUUGAAACGAUAAUUUCGGGUAUUCUAAAGGUAGAGAAAACGGAUCGCAACUUGUUCAUCGUAGUUAUUUAAUAACAGGAAGUUUCGGUAGGAAUCACCCUAAUCCAUGUAGCGCGGACGUCAGCCACCAAAACCAUCUGGCCCUAGAAUGACCCAAAAUAAUCUAUGUGUCUCAGAUAAGCAUGGAAUCAUCGGAUUUAGGAACAGGGACUAUUGGGGCUGCCCAUGGCGAAUACUGCACGGGCCUGAUAAUGUUCGCUUUCUUAAGGCCUCCAGUCCUACGCUGACCUUCGGUGAAGCUGCGCAGGGGACGGAAUGAGCCCUGAAAAGUCAGGCAUGAAGCUGUAGUUGAAAAUGGAAUUUUACAGGUGCACCACGGUAGUGUGUAGUGGAGUCGUCACGAAACAGUUCGUUGUGAUUUACCAACAGGGAAUCUAGAGCGGGUCAGUACCAGUCAGAUUUAUAUUGGUAUAGUACAAAAGGCAGUCAUUUUACCCGGUUCCGUCUGAAGAGAUUUGGCUGCUGAUUUCCUCUGAUCCCAUGAAGCGGCGAGUACUGGUGUUCUCCAUCAUGCUCAACUUCGGUUGUAAAGACCCCCUAGAACGUCUACGCUCUGCCCAGUGUAACUACGAAAUGUUGAGCGAGCCAGGGGAGAUGGGGACAUUUCUGGAGAGAGGCCUCGUUUAUGAGAUUUACAGCUGGGUCAGUGUCCCGUGAUAGCGAUAAACAGGAAGCAAGAUAGUGUAGAGUGAUUGGAGCGGCGGAGUAUUUUCUGGCUUACUCAGCUGGAUUAGGGUAGGUGGCGUGCAUGUUAGUAUUCGCCCGUCUUUUGGAGAAACACACUUGUUCGAUGCGAUUCGAUGCUCAAGGGAUGAUAUCACUCUAGCAGUUGACUGAUUGAGCGGCCGAAAAUUUUGUUGCGCGCGCUUUUGAUGACUAGCGAUGUUAUAGAACUUCCCCCAUGACAAAUCGUUCUUCCCUGUUAGAACGUUUCCCCGAGCUUUCUCAUCAUGCAAACGGUCAAUUGCUGGACGAGCAUUGCAUGCUCGAAUUUGUCUGCCUUGAUUUUUUUUAUACAGGGAGUCCUGAAUGGCAAGAGUCAGUUUCGUAAUAAAAUCCCCACUGCUUUGGCCGGAUUCCUGACGCAUCCGACAAAAUCGAUCGCAGUUAGAGAAGAUGUUGUUUUUUUCAGUCCACGCUGACUACACCUUGGUGCAUGCCGCUUGGAUAUCAGUAGACUCUUAUAACUGAAAGGCCUCGAAGCACCGCUGUCCCAAUUCUCAGAGGCUGAUCCGGAGGAGCCUUAAUUUAGAGGUAACGCGUAGUGUAGCCAUGGGCGACACCGGAAUCAGUGCAAUAUGAGCUUCGAAAGUCUUUGUCCACUGCAACCAAGAGUCAUUUUGGGGUCUCGCUGUGUUUUCGGCCAGAAUGGUAGCGGUGUAGGCUACAAUGAAACCGUGUUCGUUAAGCCACGUCUCCAAUGCUGUGUAUGCAAAGCAGGAGGCUGGUCGUAGGCACGACACAUAAUGAUCACGGGAGGCAGACCAAGGCUUAGGGGACACAGCGGGGCAUAUGCAAUAGGGGAAACGCCAUAGGCUGAAGGGUGGCCAAUCAGCAUAUAGGAGGUCGCCAACAGGAUCUCGAAAGCCAGUCAAGCCUUUGGUCGCCUCCAAAGCACAGUUUGGAAUCGCCACGGUCUUCAGCUGAGCACGAAGCUGAAGAUGUACAAGGCCGUCAUUCUGCCGACACUACUGUAUGGAGCGGAGACUUGGACGGUGUACACAAAGCAGGCACGCCGUCUGAACCACUUCCACCUCAGUUGUCUUCGUCGCAUCCUAAGGCUGAACUGGCAGGAUCGAAUCCCCGACACUGAUGUGCUGGAACGGACGGGAAUCCUCAGCAUCUACGCCAUACUGAGACCAAUGCAGCUGCGCUAAAGAGGCCACCUGGUGCGCUUGGACGACGAGCGACUACCCAAACGACUUCUACGGAGACGUCGCGACGGGUUCUCGCCGUCAAGGAGGCCAGAUUCGCCGUUACAAGGAUACCCUGAAGUCCUCCCUGAAACGCCUGCAAAUCAACCCCACCAACUGGGAGGAGCUCGCACUCGAUCGACCGACAUGGGGGAGGACAGUGAAGACAGGCGCUGCGAUCUACGAAGCCAACCGCAUCGGUGCCGCCAAAGCGAAACGCGAAGCCCGCAAAUCACAACUUCGCCCAGUAAGCAACGCCGCCGCACAACCGCUUCCAACGUGUCCUCAGUGUCAACGGACAUUCCGGGCUCGAAUCGGACUUGUCGGACAUCUUCGGAUUAACUGCGCCUCUCGAUCUGCAUCAACCAUCGUCCCCCCGUCCGCCUCCUCCUCCUCCUCUCCGCCACCGACUAACUGA